ACAAACUUCAAAAUUCAAGGUUCAAAAGCAACCCAAAAAGUUUGGUUAUAAAGAGUUAGAUCAUAAAAUUUACCGAGUAUAAUGGGUAUUUUGAAUUCCGACCUCAAAUUCAUCUUAUAAGAAAGCUUUCCCUACUUUGAUAUGGCCGUCUGUAUUUUAUCUAGUAGCAGAAAACUGAAAAAACUCUAUCAAAAACUAAAUUUUCAUAUUUACAGGGAAAAUUCAACUUUCAAAUCCAUUUUGAAUGAUUGGAGGUACUUUUGCGAGAAACCUCCCAAAGGUUUCGAAAAAUAUUUUAAACCAGGAGGAAAUAAAUCAGCUAUCAAAGAAAAUAAAACUGAAACCCCAGAGAUAAAAGCUAAAGAGAAGGAUGGUAAGAGCGAGCCUAAAGUAAAACCAAAACCGUCAACUUCUACUAGUGGUCAACCAGCUAGUAAACCAUAUGAUAAUUGGGGAUUUGGUUUAUUUGGAGGAACUGGAAAUAGGGGAAGUGGUGGAAAGCCAUUUGGUGAGAAUGAAAGAGAUAAAUGGUUUAUGCUCGGAACUGGAGCAGCUUUGGCAUUUCUUGCUGCCAUAACUCUAUGGGAGAUGGGCUAUAAAGAAAUUGGAUGGAAAGAAUUUGUACAAUCAUAUUUGGCGAAAGGCGUUGUUGAGAAGUUGGAGGUUGUCAACAAGAAAUGGGUCAGAGUGAAACUCUUACCAGGAAAUAAUGUUGAUGGUGCAAAUGUCCUUUGGUUCAACAUAGGAAGUGUUGAUUCCUUCGAAAGGAACCUCGAAAAUGCUCAGGUCGAUUUGGAUUUCGAACCUCAAAACUUUGUUCCAGUCAUUUACAAAACAGAAGUGGAAGCUGCUAGUUUCACGGGAGUUCUCCCUACUGUUAUUGUGAUAGGAUUUUUGAUAUACAUGAUGAGAAGAUCAGCAGAAAUGAUGGGAGGUAGACGUGGCAAACGAGGUGGAGGACUCUUUGGCGGUGUUAUGGAAAGUACGGCGAAAAUCAUAAAUCCAAGCGAAGUUGGCGUCAAAUUCAAGGAUGUCGCUGGGUGUGAAGAGGCUAAAAUCGAAAUAAUGGAAUUUGUGAAUUUUCUGAAGAAUCCUCAGCAGUACAUUGACUUAGGAGCUAAAAUUCCUAAAGGAGCAAUGCUGACAGGUCCUCCUGGAACAGGUAAAACCCUACUUGCCAAAGCUACAGCCGGAGAGGCGCAUGUGCCGUUCUUGUCAGUAUCAGGUUCCGAAUUUUUGGAGAUGUUUGUUGGUGUUGGUCCUUCUAGGGUAAGGGACUUAUUCUCGAUGGCAAGGAAAAACGCUCCCUGCAUUCUGUUCAUAGAUGAAAUCGACGCUGUUGGUCGUAAAAGAGGGGGUAGAAGUUUCGGCGGACACUCGGAACAAGAGAACACUUUGAAUCAGCUUUUAGUUGAGAUGGACGGUUUCAACACCACCACUAAUGUGGUGGUACUUGCUGCAACAAAUCGUGUCGACAUUCUGGAUAAGGCUCUGAUGAGACCGGGUCGAUUCGAUAGGCAGAUAUUCGUACCUGCUCCCGAUAUAAAGGGAAGAGCAAGUAUUUUCAAGGUCCACUUGGAGCCUUUGAAAACCGACCUGAAUAAAAACGAUCUCGCUAGGAAAAUGGCGGCUCUAACGCCUGGAUUCACGGGAGCCGAUAUAGCUAACGUAUGUAACGAAGCUGCUCUAAUUGCAGCAAGAGAUUUGAAUGAAUCAAUAGGAAUGAAGAACUUUGAACAAGCCAUUGAAAGGGUUGUUGCUGGUAUGGAGAAGAAAACUAAUGUUCUCUCACCGGAAGAAAAGAAAACCGUGGCGUAUCAUGAAGCAGGACAUGCUGUAGCAGGCUGGUUCUUGGAACAUGCUGAUCCUCUCCUGAAAGUGUCUAUAAUACCACGUGGAAAAGGUUUAGGUUACGCCCAGUAUUUGCCCAAAGAUCAAUACUUAUACACUAAAGAACAAUUAUUCGAUAGAAUGUGUAUGACUUUGGGAGGUAGGGUAUCUGAAGAAAUUUUUUUUGAAAGGAUAACAACAGGAGCCCAAGACGAUUUACAAAAAGUAACGCAAAGUGCCUACGCGCAAAUAGUGCAUUACGGAAUGAAUGAAAAAGUUGGUAAUGUCAGUUUUGAAAUGCCAAGAGAUGGUGAUAUGCAGUUGGAAAAACCAUAUUCAGAGAACACAGCCCAGCUAAUAGAUGCAGAGGUUAGAAAAUUGAUUUCUAGUGCACACAAAAGGACAACAGAACUCCUAACCAAACACAAAGAUUUAGUAAGUAAAGUUGCUGAGAGAUUACUUCAACGGGAAAUCAUAAGUAGAGAUGACAUGAUUGAAUUAUUGGGUAAAAGGCCAUUCCCAGAAAAGUCGACAUAUGAAGAAUUUGUAGAAGGUACAGGAUCAUUCGAAGAAGAUACCACUUUACCGGAAGGUCUUAAAGAUUGGAACAAAUCAAAAGAAACUAAGAAAGAUGGUCCAGCUGUUAGUGCCGAAGCGUAAAGAAUUUUUUGUAAUAUAAGAUAUAAAUAGAAGAAUUGGUUCUGGAAAGUUUCUUUAGAUUCAGAUUUAUUUAAGUUUUGUCUUAAUUUGACUGCGAAUAUUUAAAUAAAUGAUGUUUUUUUAA